GUGCGGGAGCCCUUCGGCAGCAUCCUCAGCACCCUGGAGCGCAUCACGGUGCCCAUCGCCAGCGUCGACAUUCCCUCGGGCUGGGACGUGGAGAAGGGGAAGGCGGACGGUCUCCAGCCCGACAUGCUCAUCUCCCUCACGGCGCCCAAGAAGGCGGCAAUGCAUUUCGCUGGCCGCUACCACUUCCUUGGGGGCAGGUUUGUGCCCCCCGCGCUCCAGGAAAAAUACGCUUUAAACCUGCCCUCAUACCCCGAGACAGACUGUGUCCUGCAGCUGACCUAG